UAUUUGAACACCCUGCAAUUUUGCAAGUUCUCCCACUUAGAAAUAAUGGAGGGUCUGAAAUUCACAUUGUAGGUGCAUUUCCACUGUGAAAGACAGCAUUUAAAAGACAAUUCAGGAAAUCACAUUGUAUGAUUUUUAACAAAUUUUGGGGUUUUUGGGGGGUUGUCUUUUGGGUUGCUGUCUCAUAGCAUUGUGCAUACCUUCUGAAGGACAGUGUAGCACUUGUCAUUCCCAUCACCACCACCCGUUCACUCACCUGCCUGGCACUGCCCCAGGAGCUCAUUGUGCCACCCCUUCUGGGAGAGCAUCCUCACACAGAACAUGACACCGUGGUUUGGGAACAGCUGUGUGAAGGACCAAAAAGCUCUCCAGAGAGUGAUCCGUACAGCAGAACGCUGCUGCAGGAUUGCUCUGCCCCCGCUUCAGCAAACCUACGCCAGGAGAUGCCGGACUAGAGCAGCGCAGAUACUGAAGGACCCUUCCCAUCCUGGCAACAAACUGUUCCAACUUCUACGAUCUGGUAGAAGGUUCCGCAUCAUCCGGGCAAGGACAGAGAGACUCAAGAGGAGCUUCUAUCCCCAAGCCAUCCGAGCCCGGGCCCAAAUGAGUAGCUGUUUUCUCUCAGAGAGAAGCUGUGAAGCUCUGUCCUCAGUUCUCAGCUCACAGCCUUUGAGUCUGAAAGAACUGGACCUGAGUAACAACAACCUGCGAGAUUCAGGAGUGAAGCUUCUGUCUGCUGCACUCCAGAGUCAAGAUUCCACAGUUAAAACUCUGAGACUUACCGUCUGUAACCUCUCAGAAAGAAGCUGUGAAGCUCUGUCCUCAGUUCUCAGCUCUCAGUCCUCUUGUCUGAAAGAGCUGGACCUGAGUGACAACAACCUGAAGAAUUCAGGAGUGAAGAUUCUUUCUGAUGCAGUGAAGAGUCCACAUUGUACACUGGAGACUCUAAGUCUGUCACACUGUCUGAUCAGAGAGGAAGGCUGUACUUAUCUGGCCUCAGCUCUCAGCUCCAACCCCUCCCAUCUGAGAGAGCUGGACCUCAGCUACAAUCAUCCAGGAGACUCAGUAAUUGAGCUGCUGUCGCUCAAUGACAUACGCAAGCUUUCAGGAGUUAGACCAAAGGCCGAGGUCUGGUUGCAGAUUAGUUGUUAUGAUCUCUGUGGGAAAAACAAGCCUCUGAUCCAGGUCCACUUGCAUCUGCCAGUCCCUGGCGACCUUCAGCGGGACCUGGUCCAGGUUAAAGGGCUAGUCCUCAGCUUGUCCCCCUCCUGGAUAAAUGCUGAUGAGUACUGA